AUUUUUGUUUAUGGUCUAUCUGCAGUAAAUGUUGCCAGUUUAAGGAACUCAAAGAUAGAUUGGUAGAAAUAAAAUUAAGACAGAUCACGACCAUCACGUAAUCACGUCGUAUAUCGUAACUUAAAUUUGACCUAAAGUUAUUUAGAACCUAUGAAGGUAUGUAAUUAGAAACAGUGUGGUAAGUGAUAGUGAUUAUUAAGGACGCAGUAUGAUUAAAAAAAUCAUUAACUGACGCUUUUUUGUUGAUUACUCAUUGACUUGAUACGUCAUAAAGAUUUUAGUUGAAAUCCAAAAUCAUAAUAUGGCAACACGAAUAUUGAGUUGUUUUUCAAUUUUCCAGUGGAUUUUUGACGUUGCUUCUACUUGCUUGCUUGUGUAAAAUCAAGUUUUCCUCCAUGUAGUGCUUAGGUUUUCAUAAUGUGUCUAAUAUAAGUAGUUUUGUAGGAAAAUACAAUUUCAAUUUUAAAUGACGCCCACGAAGACCACCAAAACUGAAGUAGAAAUGGUGAUACGAAACAGAAAAACUGUGAUAAGAGACGGGAUUAUGACAAUGUCGGGUAUCGGGGAGCCCUCGGUCUUCCACGCUCUCGUGGUCAUCUUUCUGGAGUUCUUCGCGUGGGGCCUGCUCACCAUGCCGAUAAUAUCGGUCCUGAACGCGACGUUCCCGGAUCACACGUUCCUAAUGAACGGCUUGAUAAUGGGCAUCAAGGGCAUUCUGUCAUUCCUCUCUGCGCCUCUCAUCGGAGCCCUCUCGGACGUGUGGGGCCGCAAGUUCUUCCUGCUGGUGACGGUGUUCUUCACGUGCGCGCCCAUCCCGCUGAUGACAAUAAACACCUGGUGGUUCUUCGCGAUGAUAAGCAUCAGUGGCGUCUUCGCGGUGACAUUCUCGAUAGUGUUCGCGUACGUGGCCGACGUGACGACGGAGGCGGAGCGCUCGCGCGCGUACGGGCUGGUGUCGGCGACGUUCGCGGCCAGCAUGGUGAUCUCGCCCGCGCUCGGCGCCUACCUCAUGGACCGCUACGGCGAGGCGCUGGUGGUGGCGGCCGCGACGGCCGUGGCGGUGCUCGACGUGUUCUUCAUCAUGGUGGCGGUCCCCGAGAGCCUGCCGGAGAAGGUCCGGCCGAGCGGCUGGGGGCCCGCCAUCAGCUGGGAGCAGGCCGACCCGUUCGCGGCGCUGCGCAAGGUCGGCGCCGAGCGCACGGUGCUGAUGCUGUGCGUGGCGGUGUUCCUGUCCUACCUGCCGGAGGCGGGACAGUACUCGUGCAUAUUCGUGUACCUCAAACUGGUGAUGGGUUUCGGAGUGGUGCAAGUGGCGAUCUUCAUCGCGAUAGUGGGCGUGCUCAGCAUCGGCGUGCAGGUGGUGCUCGGCGACCUGAUGAAGUCGCUGGGCGCCAAGCACACGAUCAUGGUGGGGCUGCUGUUCGAGAUGCUGCAGCUGAUGUGGUACGGCUUCGGGAGCCGCACGUGGAUGAUGUGGGCGGCGGGCGUGCUGGCGGCGCUGGGCUCGGUGACGUACCCGGCGAUCAGCGCCUACGUGUCGGUCAACAGCCGCGCCGACCGCCAGGGCGUGGUGCAGGGCAUGGUGACGGGCGUGCGCGGGCUGUGCAACGGGCUGGGGCCGGCCAUGUUCGGCGUGAUCUUCUACCUGUUCCACGUGGACCUGAACGAGGAGCACGCGGGCUCGGCGCGCGAGCAGGAGCGCAUGGCGCGCGUGGUGCCGGGCCCGCCGUUCGUGCUGGGCGCGCUGCUGGUGAUCUGCGCGCUGCUGGUGGCGGCCUUCCUGCCGGAGGACGGCGCGGCGGGCGUGCGGCGCGCGUCGCCCGAGCUGCGCUUCGAGGUGGAGCGCGGGCGGCGCGUGGCGGGCCCGCUGUCGCCGCUGAUGGCGCCGGAGGCCGCGGCCUUCUAGCUGCGGGCCCCGGCCGGCCGCGCGGCCAGCGUCUGACUCUCAGUGAGGCACCGAAGCCGACUCGAGUGAGUGAGUUCCGAAUCCGAUUCGAUCCGCACCGUUACAUUCCCGCGUCUCCUAACGCUUGGUGUUUUUUAAGCUUUACGACUGUUUUUGUAAUACUUUCGACUCGAUUGUACAUAUUUUGUCGGAUUAAAAUCAUUGAAAUCGUCUUACGAGUCCUCUGUUUCGUAUUUCGAGCCGAGCAUCACACAACAAUCUCAGUUUUGGUGUAUUGAUUAUAUUCAAUUUAUCUGCAUCGGUGAGUCAUGCUUUGAUCACGACUAGUGUAACACUUAAAGACUUUAUCAAUUGCAUGGAAUUGAUGUAAUCGUAAACAUAAAAAGCGACAUCUUCACAUCAUCAUGAUAGGGUAUUUUAAAAUCUGAACCUAGAUUUAGCCGUGUCCAUUUAAAUACGAGUUGUAUACAUAUUGUAUUUUAAAGAUGUGUUUUGCGGCCAAAACUUCUAAAGCUUGUAUGAUAAGCAAUACAAAGUGAAAUUAAAAAACUACUAUUACUUUAUAUUUAUGUAUAUUUAUAGGAAAAUGGUUACCAGAAGUACCUACAAAAUAGCUAAAUUAUUUUAUCUAAAGAGAUUGGAAGCAUAAAAGUAUUGGUUCUUAUGAAGUUUUAGUUUUUAAUUUCCAAAUAGAUUUUUUUUCAAUUAAAUAUAGUUUUUAAAAGCAAAAUGAUUUGGCUUGUAUAAUUUUGGACUCAAAAGAUAUAAACAAAACUCAAUAAUAUAAUAAUUUAGAAUGAUUUAUUCAAAAAAAUAUGCAAAUGACUAUAACAAACAAAAACUUAGUUCUCACAGUGCAAAUAUACUCAUAAUGACAUCCACUUUACAGCUCCCCCUACUGGGGCAUUGGCCUCCACACUCACUUCUUAUCUUUUAUUCUUGUUUAUUUUCAACCUACCUAUGUUGGUAGGUACAGUUCUGUAGAACUGAACCUGCAGAUGUAUUUGUUUAUAACUUAACAUAAUUUAAAUAAGGAAAACCAGGAAUAUCUGUUUUAUCAAACAGUUCAAUGGCAAUACAAAAUUUUAAUGGAAAUAUUGGCUAUACAUUCAGUGUGCUUAGUCAUGAUUUGACCUCUAACUUUUUUGCCUUUAAGGCUGUAUUUGAAUGAUCAAGGUAUUAAUAGCCAGUAUGGCAAUAAUUAUUAGAGCAGAAAAUGCUAAAAUGCGUGGGAUUCCUCCCCAUUCUAUUAAAUUAGUUCCAUAAAGUCCAACUAUCUUUAUGACGAUCCUGACAAGUUCGAAGUUUGACGCCGGCAUACUAUGCAUCCUUAACUGCCUCAAUUGUCUGCUAGAAUAACUCUAACGAAUGAUUAACUCUAUUAGUGUCAUGAUGCAGGAUUUGCCUUCCCUAAUUGUUCAUUUUUUAAUUAGGCAUUUUAUUUUAAUAUUACUAAACCUUAAGUUUUAAUACAAUUCCAGUUACGCUAAUAACAAAAAGGUUCAGAAAUUAAGCUCUUAAGUUCGCGUAAAUCUCUAAACCAGCAAGGCCUAAAAUGUUUUAUACGUUUAUAGCCUUACAGCAAUGUCCUUCAGUUAGCUGACAAGAAACCAUAUAGUCAAGUAGCGCCGUAUCUCACGCCAAACUGAACGUCCUGGCACUCGGUUCCGCGAGCCCAUAAAUUUGGAGACUCCUUACUGAACGCGGCGAAUGUGGGUCCAUAAUAACGGGGUCACGGGUGUUUCUGUCUUUGUUGGGGUUGCCUUUCGUGUUUAAUGGCGCUGUUGCAUGCGCCCGAGUGAUGCAGUAUCUCAGCUUUCUGGUGCUGAGUCAAUAAAAUACUUUCGCGACGGUCUUUUGUUUUGACGUAACUGCGUGUUGUGGAUAUUUUUGUCAGGACUUCCAAUUCAUGAAGUGCUUUUAUACUUGAGAUAUGUUCAAUCGUUUGACCUGACUUUCCAGAAGUUCACGUUCACCUUCACCUUCCAUAACAAUAAAACGUUAGACAUUUGUAUAUUCAAAAGCUUUUAUAAAACCAUACUAACUUUCCCCUCGUUUGACGACUCAAGUAAUAAAAAGUCCUUCAGUAGGACUUGAAAAACCCCCAACAUAAAACAGCUGUUCAGCUUGGCAGUGACAUAGGCCACCAAAAUCGUAAUGCUGCCAAAAGUGCCAAAACUUACCGCUGUAUUGUGAAGUAUCGCGUGAAACCACUAAAAGUAUGAAUAAUUUAUUUAACUUGGGAAUACUUCUUUAUAGCUACGAAUCAAUAACACUUCGACUUAUGGCGAGGUCUACAGCUACUUAAUGAUGAGGCCUUUGUAGCCACUUAACUUGCCUAUUUUCUUUUGGUGCUAACACUAAGCCAAGUUAAGCUAUAAGCUCGAUAGCUAAAUUUAAUAAUUUGGAACAUCGAGACUGUCAAGUUAUAUUUUUUAUUAGGAGUGAAUCUCACUCCUUAAUCCUUGAGCAUUGAAGCCCUUCCAUUUCUUCAGGCUGUAGGCCGUUAUUUUUAACCCACCCCUUUUCUAUAAUCGUACUCAUUCACUAGGCAAUAUAAUUAAGCAAAUUAUGUAAGAAAAAGUAACGCUAAACACGCAAUAGAGGUGUGUAGCUGAUAAUAUAUGUUUACCAGCUACUUGUUGACUCAUUUACAACGGCUUAAAAACUUCCACCUCUGCUAACGAUGAUCACAGUUCCUUGCGAAAGUAUGGAUUCAGUUCGGAUUCAUUUAGUUAUUGUUUUGAAUUUUCUCUAUUGACUGAGUGUGGAAGAUAUUUGACGUCAAAUAACAAAUAUGCUAUCACUUUAAACUCUUAUUGAUGAAUCUAUAUGACCCUGGUACCAAGAUUCCGUCGCGCGAAAAAACACUAGCACCCUGCUGCUAGGUCGUAUCGUUAACGAUACAAAUCAAUACAAACUAACAACAGAAGGGCUGCCGCAAUAUUUGCACAACGCGGCUCUCGCUAUCUUUCAAAAUCAUAUCUACGACGGAGACAGAACAUAGUGAGUAAUGACAGGGCUUUUAAUUUCUUUAGCACCUAACAAAGCUGCCACCAAGAUUGCAUUUUAUUAUCAGCUAUUUAUCAAGUGACCUUGGACAAUGCAAGUUCUUUAUUAGUAACUAUCUAUUCUGUACCAGUACUAAGUGGUCUGUCUACCAUAACUCAUAUUCUGAUAUUAGGUCUAGAAUGGGUUAAUAAAAUGCCUUUAUGAUGUUCGGGCUUCGCGAGCGAUGUCGGAUUUCAAGUUAUAAAACACGAAAUGUAAGAACAUAAUUUAGGUUUUUACAAUCCAGUAAAAAUAAUUCUAGGUAAUGUUCUAAAGCUCUUUUCGGGGAAAAACGCGACUGAAUACUGAUGUAGAUUGCCUGAAUUAUUAUAUUUAGCUAGAAGCUGUAGAUCUGUCUUAUUGUAGACCUUAAAAUAUUCUGAGGCUUAGGAAAUUAUGCCACAUGAAGAAUAGUUUGCCCGGCCAUCUUCUUUUGGAAUGCUCUCGAUAAGAGUAUCGUGAAAUUUAACGUGAUAAUUAGACGGAAUCACGCCAGACCACUGAUAACACUUUAUUGACAAAUAUUUAUUAAAAUUAAUAAAGGUCAAGGCAAUUGAUAUCCACAUUCUAAUCUAACACGACUGAUGAGCAACGUAAACACAGCUAGCAGACAAAAAUACUCAUCUUAUCUAUUUUAAAUUAUCAACGCCCGAACCUAGGCAAUGUUAUUAAAUUGCAAAUUAAACGGUCCAGACAAAAGAUUUUAAGCUCGAAAGCAAACAUUGUAUUUGCUUAGCUGCUCUGAUGAAAUAACCAUUGAGUAUUGUUUUCGACGCCCACGUAGUGUGACGUCAGAGCAUGGUAAACGCUAGGUAAUUUUGCUGUAACUUUAUUCCAACAUUCUCCCCGCUAAAGAAAAGGGAGAGUUCCCUAAAUUGGUUAUUUACUUUUAUAGUGAGAAUAAUACAGCUGAUAAUAUGAUUCUUCCUUAAGCGAUAUUUUAGGCAUCUUUUAUCUCGAAACUGGUUGCUAUGCUAAUUUAACAACAUUUCAAAAGUUUUGGCUAGUUUCUACGUGGCCUUAUAAAAAUAAAUAAAUGCCAAAGUACUGAACAUCUUGUACAGAUAAGAAAACAUUUCACAACACUGAUGUUGGCGUUCCAAAUAUUUUCUAUCUCAACCAAACUUUAGUUUGUUCUUCGUUACCAAACGUUCAAGGCCGUUCGUUGACAACAAAAAUGCCCAAACUAACGUUAGCCGUGCAUUAACCAAACUAACUUGAAAUUGGGCCGUAAUAAUUCAUAACACAAGCGCUACUAGUCUGUAUGAGGGUAAUUAUAAAGUUAAAUUGCUUUAAUCGAAGCCGAGUAACAAGUGUUAAGGCCAAGUUGAGUGACGCUGCAUCCGAAUCAUCACAAAAACUUGACUACGACCCACAGACAAGAUGUAGAAUCACAAUAAAUAAUUAUAUCGACGAGCUGUAAUACCGCUUAGCGACUAGCGAUGUUACGUAAAAGGUAGGGCACAAAAGGCUCUUCAGAAACAAAUUAUUUUCUGGAGAUAGGACGAAGCAUAAAGGGAUGGAAACGUAAAGGAAUCGAAACGAAAAUUGAAGCGACACGACACGGGGCCAACUUGACCCUGAAACAGCUAUUGUUAAAGGCACAAUUUCAUAUAGCAUGGUUAUUUUGGUUAUAUGGAAAGGCAAAUUAUUGUGUCGCGGCAUGCAGAUAUGAUCACGGGACGCAUAAUUUUCCUGAAAUAAAUGAUUUUUUGGUUAUAUUCCGCAACGUAUCAGCUAUAAUGGCCGUGAUUGCUGCAUUGUCAUUUGAGUAUAAUGGAAAAUAUUAUAAUUUUUCAAAUGAAAUCACAAGUCAAUCGGACCGUAAUUAGUUGAGUAAUCUUCAUAACUGUUUAAUUACUGUAGUUUAGUUGACCAAUCCUAUCAACGUCCGCCAUUUUUUGACAAAUGAAAGUUAUUAUUCGAUAAACUCCAUUAAAAUUGCUUUGAAUCUAUAACAUGGUGGGUAGGCAGGCAUGACAGAUUGUAAUUACCGACCCGAAGACCCCAGGGACUGCGGCAUGAGGGUAUUUUCACUUUUACCGCCUGUGCUCAUUAUGACUUCGAUCCGAUCUGAAACAUUUUCCUGGUAUUUUAUAUAAGUAGAAAAUAUCUGAAAUAAAAGUAACAUUUCCCAGUAUUAUACAAGCCAAACUUUUAGCACACCUUCAGUUUCUAUUCUGAAACAAAAUCUGCCUUAUUCUUUUUUGAUAAAUUUAAGGUAUCUUAUGGUUUUUAAUUCGUUUAACUAAAAAAAGUUUUUGUGUGAUGUGUGAGCUCUACUAGUAUUUUAGUUCUUAUUUUUGAGUAUUAUUUUAGGGUUGUUUUGAGUCUUGACGACGUCGUUCUUGCGAAUAUCGAUUACUUACGUAUAUCUGAGUUUUAAAAGUUCUUACAAAUGUUGGAUUCUUAUAAAGUUGACUGUCGGUGUGCGAAGUCGUCAAGACAGAGAUUGCCUCUCGAAGGAGACUUGUGUAAUUGUAAAUAAACUGUAAGAUAGUGUAAUUUGUUUCCCUUUAGGAGGUAAGUGUUGAAACGUUCACAUUUUAUUUGUGUUGAAAGAGACUUACUUUUCGACCGGAGCGACCACCACUCCGCGUUUCUGAGUUGAAUUAAAAAAAAUGUUUUUAUCUAAAAACUAAAUUAAAUUCUCGUGCUAAACUGUAGAUUUGUAACAAUUUUAUUAGGUGCCUGAGCAAAUGUUAUAAUUUAUGUAUGUAUUUGUAUAUUAAAAUUGUAAUAUAGUGAGACAAGUAUGUAGACUUAUUAAUUGUAACUAUAAGCACUAUCAUGCGGUACAUAUUUUUGUUACUACUGGAAAAAAUCACAUAUCUACGUAAUUUUCAUACAGCUUGUUUGGUCAGUGAAUAUUGUCGUGUCGAUAGACAUAGAUAAUAAUGAUGAACACCUUGUUUUAGCGACACGACAAAAUAUUAUCAAUUUUGUUUCGUGAAAUUUGCCAAAUGAAAUCUGUAGUAAACCUAGACUAAAUAAUGAUAAUGUUAUAGGAAUAGAAAGUAUUACUACAUUAGCUAUUUCAGUAAAGCGACUGUACGAGUCAAUUAGCUCUCGUGGCAGCGCGUCCCGCGACCUAGGCCUUCGCUACGGGCUCCUGUCAGACAUUGAUUCGAUGCGCGGCGCUGGCGUGGAUACUAAACAAUACUAUCAUAGCCACGCCAGCUUUUGAAGACGAUUACAGUUGGAUAGAGGCGGAGAAACCCUUCAACAAUUUUGACACGAAAUCCUAAAAAAAUAAAGUUAUUUUUAUGAACUGAUUCUUAACUCGAGUACUGCGGGCAGCCUUUUUGCCUUGAGACAAUCCGUCCUCUGACCCCUGUAUUUUAUUGUUGUACCCUAUUAUCGGAAUCUUGCCUUUUUGAGACACUCGGGUCCGAGCCCGAGCCGAGUCAGUGCUGACACGACCUCAAGAGCUCAAUUUGUAAAAAAUAUUUUAUAUACCUUUCUGUACACUGAAAAAGCUAAGCAUUUCCUUAAGAGUGAGAUAUUUAUUUUCCCUAACAAUCUAUUUAAAUUAAUGGUGAGAUGGUAUUUUAAUAGAACAGUACAAGUGUUUUUCCAUGAACGUUGUUCAAAGUAAGUGAUAAUGUAUUCCGUGCACAAGGGAUAAUUUUGUAUUGUAAGACUAAAUAAUAACGAAUAUGAGUAAAUAGAUAUAGUUUUCACAGAAGUGCGACGCGAAUAGCUGUUUUAAUAACUGGAAAGGCAAAAAUUGUGCUUGCGACUCUACGCGGUCGGUCGUCGGUCCGCCUGGCGCUGGCCCCGAGCCCGACUUGAUCUCACUCUCGCGGACCCGCGGCCGGCUGCGUGCUCCCCAUACAGAGGACUCAGUGCCGAGAUGUCAGCUAUCUUUACAACUAGAACUCAGUCCUAUUUCUCCCCAUUUUUUUUAAUAAAUGAAAAAGGACGGGACUACAUCGAGCUAUGUUCAGCGAUUUGCAAAUUGAAAAUGCUUUUUAAAAUAUUUUAGUUUGAUCGCGGUAUCUUGUCUUUUUUCACUCGCUAAGGCGAGCGGGAGAUACUGACUUUUAGUUACAAUGGAAAUAGCGAAUAUCUCGACGUCGAGUCCAGUAGCGAGUUAUUAUUUAGUCGUAAAUAUGAAUAUUUGGAAUCUAAAAUAUUUUCGAGUAUAACGUUGAAUGUACAAUGAGUGGAGGAGUAACUGUGGCACGAGUGUGCCUCCUUGUGUGAUCACGUACCAUACUGUGCUUCUAUG